GACAACGCUGACUCUAGUGUCGCCGUACACGUGCCGAGUCUGCCGAUCAUCAGCACAUCAUGUGAAGCUUGAAGAUCAAAGCAGGCACACACAAAGGCGAAAUUGCGUUCCAGGGUUGGCGUGUGAAGACAAUGCCCAGGACUUGCUCCAUCAGGAGAUAGCACGGAGUUUGCGAUCGCGACAUAAGACCUGAUGCUCCGAAACGACGACAGGCAGGUACACGUGCGACACGAAGAUAUUGGCAGUGCUUGUGGACAGUAGAUCAGUCUUCACAUCGUCAGUAUGCCAUCGAGGAUGAUGGCUCGAUUGCCAUCGCUCCCACGCCGUUUCCAAUUCGUUCUCGGCCUCAGCCUCUUCUUCCUAUUCGGACUUUUCUUCCUCGGGACAUCAAACACAAAUGACUUCGACCCUCUUCUGGACAAGGUGCCCAAAAUUGGGUCUCAACUUCAAGCCGGUGUGCAUCAUGCCGUCGAAGCUGCGCAGAACGUAGUCGAUCACGUUCCAAUUCUUCUCGGCCCGUCAGCACAUACGCCGCCUCCGGAGCAGGCCAACAGCAGCAGUGGCGAGGCGAAGUGGUACACUGAUUGGAAGUGGAGAAAUCCAUUCAGCGACAGUGUGACCUUUGACGAAGAUCGCGCUGUGUUGCCACCUGUGCGCCCACGACCGCCCAUCUAUACCUACUAUGACCCUGGUGGAAGGAGAAAAGACGAGAAGAGCAAGAAGGCAGAACAGGACAUAUUGAUCGCAUGGCGUCGCGCUUGGUGGGCGCAAGGCUUCAAGCCCGUCAUUCUGACGAGUGCAGAAUCGACGCACAACCCACUGUAUAAGACAAUGCAAGGUUUGUCUCUGCAGCCUGAGAUGCAGCAGGAACUGAUGAGAUGGCUUGCAUGGAGCAACAUGGGCUCAGGAAUCUUGGCCAGCUGGCUUGCUUUCCCAAUGAGUCGAUACGACGAUUCGUUGCUCACCUUUCUACGACGGGGUGAAUAUCCCGAGCUUGCCCAAUAUGAAGAUCUCGGAACAGCGCUUUAUGUGGGGUCCAAGGAUCGCGUGGACUCCGCUAUCCAGGAAGCACUCGCAUCUCGAGCCAUUGGAAGCGUCAAGUCAAUGUAUGAAGCAGUCUCGCAUCAGAACCUUAAGCUCGAGCCAGGCACCGGCUCUAUUGCAUAUUACAGCGCAGACACGAUCAAAUCCAAAUAUGUUCCGAUCCGGAAACUUCUAGAUACUCCGUCGACGGUGGGAGAUGCUCUGGCGAUGCUUCCGGCCUUGAUCAACAGUCAUCUACAUUCGAAUUGGCAGAACAGCUUCCCCAAAGGCAUCGCCGUGCUGAAGCCGAUGCCAGACAAGGCCUCGGUACUCAUCGAGUCUGCCAUGUCGAUCGCGACCAAUCUCACACACUGUCCGUUCAGUCCAAUCCCAGCGUCUUGCCCUCCGAACCGUGCAAGGUGUGAACACUGUAUCAGCAAUCAUUUCGCCAUCACAACACCCAGCGGAUAUCGCAACGACAGCAAAAUCUUCACCAUCGGCACUUUGCCUCAUCCUUAUACGAUCGCCACCCUUGUCAAAUCCAAGUCGGAUAUGAACGUGAGCUUCAUUCGUCGCGAGACGUCCCGCGAUCUGUGGAUCCGGGCAUUGACGCAGGACAUCUUGGGUAAAUCGGGAUCAUCCUUCGCUCGCCUGCCUACUCUGAAAGACGCAGUGGCAUCGGAUGAUGGUAACGCCCGCUCGAUAUGGUUGACGGCGGAGCGGCCGUUCCAGAAGGACAGCAGUCGAGUUCUCGAAGACCUCGAUUGGGUACUAGGAUUUGAGAUUCGUCGCAAGGAGGCCGAAAAAGGGGAGAGCGGUGUCUCCGCCCCUGGUCGACCGCCGCCUCCCCGGAAAGGCCACGAAUUUGGCGAUGGCGACAAACUCGACGAGAAAGAUGUUGCGGCUCAGCGAUCGCUGCUCGAAAGCGCACGCACGAAGUUCGCGCUCCUGCGCCAGAAGAAGAAUGUCGAUGAGACUGCCAAGGAAGAUUUUGGUCGAAUUCGUCGUGCUGUGGAAGGUUGGAACUUGGCUGAUACCGAAGCUUGGAAAUUUGUGCGCGCUUUCAACGCUCGUCAGCGAAUCGAGAGAAAGCGCUGGGAGGACGAGGAAGAAGCUUUCCUUGGCAAAGGAUUCUAUGAUAGGUGGAUGGACAAAAUUUUGUGAUACCAUCUUGUAACAAGUAAUUCGAUCGUGUUGAGGUGGGUACGAGGCGCAGGCGCUUCAUGCCAUCAUCACGGCCAGUGCUGCUUUCUGCUUCACUGAACGUUGUAUGUAAUAAUUACGGUCAACGCUGUUGUAAAUAGACGAUGGAUCCAGGCUUAGUCUCUUAGCCAGCGUUGCUGUUCCAUCGCCAGCAGUAGUGACCGGUAACCUCCAGGUGACUGCCAUACUGAUACGGACAAAUGACAGCACACAAUCUAAAUG